AGACGCUUACCCGUGAUGAUUCCACCAUCUGCAACAACCUCUGUCAGCGAUGCUGCACCCUUGCCAAGCGUGGCUUCUCAGGAAAUCUGGAGGUCACGAGUUCCAGGCUAUUCUGGAUCGGUAACACGGCACAUAAGUCAUCGGGCCAACAAUUUCAAGAGACAUCCAAAAAGGAGAAAACACAUCCGCCCUUCGCCGCCACCACCACCCAAUACACCAUGUCCUAUUGAUUUGAUUGACUUUAGGGAUCUCCAGCCUCAGAGGUCUUUCCUAGAACUCCUGUUUAAUGGGUGUGUUCUCUUUGGGCUCGAGUUCAGCUAUGCCAUGGAAACAGCCUACGUUACCCCCGUGCUGCUUCAGAUGGGGCUUCCAGACCAACUGUAUGGAAUGGUGUGGUUUAUCAGCCCUAUAUUAGGGUUCUUGCUGCAGCCUUUGCUGGGGGCCUGGAGUGACAGAUGCACAUCAAGAUUUGGGAGGAGAAGACCUUUCAUUCUCGUCUUAGCAGUAGGAGUGUUGCUUGGGCUCUCGCUUAUGCUGAAUGGCAAAGAUAUAGGGAGUGCCUUGUCUGACACUGCAAAUAACCACAAAUGGGGGAUCAUUCUUACGGUCUGUGGUGUUGUCCUCAUGGACUUCAGCGCAGAUUCAGCAGACAAUCCCAGUCAUGCCUACAUGAUGGAUGUAUGCAGCCCAGCAGAUCAAGACAGGGGUCUCAACAUCCACGCUUUGUUAGCAGGUCUUGGAGGUGGCUUUGGUUAUGUUGUUGGAGGAAUACACUGGGAUAAAACCAGUUUUGGAAAAGCUGUGGGAGGGCAACUUCGCGUCAUCUAUUUCUUCACCUCAGUUAUACUGGCUGUCACUACUGUGCUGACUCUAAUUAGUAUUCCAGAAAGACCCUUAAGGUCCUUUAGCAGGAAAAAAAAGGUGAUGAAGAGUCCAAGUCUUCCUCUCCCUCCUUCUCCACCUCUCUUCUUCGAGGAGGGUGUAGAUGAAAACUUUGCUUCUCAUAACUCAGCGCACUUAUAUGCAAGUUUUACAAGUCCUGUUUCCCCCCUCAGCCCACUCACGCCCAAAUAUGGCAGUUUUAUUAGCAGAGACAAUUCCUUGACGGGAAUUAAUGAGUUUGCAUCAUCAUUUGGGACUUCAAAUAUUGACAGUGUGCUUAUAGACUGUUUUACAGGCGGGCACAAUAGUUACUUAGCACUUCCAGCUAGCUUGCCCAGGCAGCCUGUCAGUGUCAGCUUCCCUCGGGUGCCUGAUGGCUGUUACCAAGGAGAAAAUGGAGUUCUGGAGCGAGAGGAGAGCAGCAUAACACCGGGGCCUAACGGCGAGGCACUAAGGGUGGGCUCACUGGAUGCGAUAAAGCCACGGUCGUCGGGGAUCCUGAAAAGACCUCAGACCCUGGCCAUUCCAGAUACCGUAACAGGACACUGCCCAGAAAAUAGCAGAAGAAGAAAUGUAACCUUCAGCCAACAGGUUGCUAAUAUCUUGCUGAAUGGUGUUAAGUAUGAGAGCGAGCUGAAUGGAUCAGACGAGACCGCUGAGCAACCGCUUUCCGUGAAACUUCUGUGUUCGACUAUCUGCCAGAUGCCCAAGGCUCUUCGUAACCUCUGCGUCAACCACUUCCUAGGAUGGCUUUCAUUUGAGGGGAUGUUACUCUUCUAUACCGACUUCAUGGGAGAAGUAGUGUUUCAAGGGAAUCCGAAAGCGCCUCACAACUCAGAUGAGUAUCAGAAGUACAACGCUGGUGUCACCGUGGGCUGCUGGGGAAUGUGCAUCUAUGCAUUCAGUGCUGCUUUCUAUUCAGCCGUGCUGGAGAAGCUUGAGGAGAGGUUCAGCACACGGACGCUGUACUUUGUGGCAUAUUUGGCCUUUGGGCUGGGCACAGGCCUGGCCACGCUCUCCAGAAAUGUCUAUGUGGUGCUGUCACUGUGCGCUACCUACGGCAUUCUCUUCGCCACGCUCUGCACGCUGCCCUACUCCCUGCUCUGCGACUACUACCAGAGCCGCGAGUUUGUAGGCUCGCAGGCGGAGGGCACACGGCGUGGGAUGGGCGUUGACAUCUCCCUGCUGAGCUGCUAGUUCUUCCUGGCACAGAUCCUUGUGGCCCUGGCCAUGGGGCCGCUGACUGCAGCUGUGGGCAGUGCCAGCGGCGCCAUGUACUUCGCCAGCCUGGUGUCCUUCUUGGGCUGUCUGUUCUCCUCCCUCUGCGUCACCUACGAGUCACCGCCCACUGAGGAGCUGCCGCCCGCUGAGGAGCAGCGCCCACUCUUGCCCCGCGCGUGGAACGAAUAA